CGUCGCGAUGGACGCUCUCUUCUGUGUGCUGGGGUUGACGCUCUUGCUAGGGUGCGGAGCACAUCCCGAACAGGUCCACAUAGCCCUCGGAGAGCGCCUUGAUGAGAUGACGGUAAUGUGGAGCACCUUCCGACAAACAGAUGUCAGUAUGGUGCAGUACGGCCUAUCCCCUGACGCCCUGAACAACUCGGCCAAUGGUACCUGGCAGCUGCUUAACAACAGAGGCACCCACCAGUACGUCCACAGAGUGAAGCUUACAGACCUUCUCGUGGAUACACAAUACCAUUAUAGGUGUGGUGACGGUCGAGUGUUCAGCAAGGUGUUCGAUUUUCGCACCCUUCGUAAAGGCACCGAGUGGCGGCCUCGGGUCCUAAUUUUCGGCGACCUAGGGUAUAAGGACGGAGCCUCCACCCCUUAUCUCAUUGAGGAAGCCCGAAAUGGGACUGUGGAUCUCAUUUUGCAUAAUGGUGAUAUUGCCUACGAUCUGCAUACGAAUAAUGGACGCGUCGGCGACAAUUUCAUGAAUUUGAUCGAGCCUGUUGCUGCCAGAAUCCCUUACAUGGUGUCUGUGGGCAACCACGAAGCUUUUAAUUGGAACUAUACUAACUACAAAGUAAGAUUCGACAUGCCUGGUACUGAGGACAAUCUUUGGUAUAGUUUCAAAGUCGGCCCCAUUCAUUUCGUUGUGAUCAGUACGGAGGUGUACUUUUUCCUGCUGUACGGGGGACUGGAAGCCAUCUACUCCCACUACAAAUGGCUGGACGACACGCUUCGACAAGCUAAUCUUCCACAAAAUCGUGCGAAGUGGCCCUGGGUCAUCAUUUUAGGCCACAGGCCCAUGUAUUGCUCAAAUGUGGCGCUGCGCUACUGUAGAUUGGACUCGAAUCCGGUGAGAGUUGGCUUGCUGCGAUCUUACGGUCUGGAAGAUCUCCUUUAUGAGCAUGGGGUGGACGUUGCCUUCUGGGGACACAACCACUGCUACGAGAGGCUCUUCCCUACUUACGAUGGAAAGGUGUAUAACGGCAGCUAUGAAAAUCCAUACAGAAACCCUAAAGCUCCUGUUCACAUUACCAGCGGCGCAGCAGGCAAUCAAGAAGGUUCCAGUAAUUUUCGAGGUGCUCGCCAGCCUUGGAGUGCGUUUGGCACCACGGAAAAGGGAUAUACGAGACUGAUGCCGUACAAUAAGACUCAUCUGUUCCUUCAACAAGUGUCGGCAGAAAAGAAAGGAAAGAUAAUCGAUAGCCUAUUCAUUGUGAAGGAGAAACACGGCUCUUAUGCCAAGCUCUUUCCGGUCUCUCGGCAAAAGAAACGGAAACUUGCCAGACUUUUCAAACUCUGAGGAAAACUUGGAACCGAUGCUAUUUAACAUCAUAAUAAAGGCAAACAAAAAAUAAUUUGUGGCAACAAACACUCACACUUACUUUGCAAGGCAAAAACUGAAUCCACGGAAACUCCAUUCAUUUCAAGAAUGUACUAAUUGUGGAAUGCAUUUGAAAUUUCAUUGUGGAACGACAGAAGUCCACAUCAUGUUUCCAGAUGACAUUCUCUAGUUGUGAUUGCAUAUCAUCUCUGCAACCUUUAUGUCUGCCGUAACCAAGCGACAGCUGUUUCCGAAUGAUACAGAGGUUGAUCUCUUUGUCCCCUUGACUAUUUCUGAAUGAUUCAGAUUUUAUGAACCACAUAUUGCCUCUUCAAGUUAGCAUAGUAAACAUUUGCAAUAUUCAUUGCUUACAAUGAACCUUUUAAAUAUCUGUUUUCUAUGUUAACAUAGACGAACAUUGAUUUAAUUCAGUGGAUACUACCAUAAUAAUUAUUGCUAUACAUUUAUGCCCACAACGGAGUCAUCCAACUUUUGCGUGAUUCAGAACAAUCAUCCUGAUUUUGGAUCCCUCUAGACAUCUUACAUGACGAAAAAGGAUACGAAAUCAUGACACAAGACAUGAAAUCAUGACACAAGACAUGAGUUACAUGUUACAUGUAAAUGAGUUACAUGUUAUGAGUUACAUUAACAUAAUAACAAGUUACUUAUGAAGUUACUUGUGCGAUUGUGACAUAGUGAAAAUAACUUGUUUAAGCACUGCUGAACAAGGUGUGUUUAAGCGCUGCUGAAAGUUAAUUGAGUUUCACUUCUUGUAUGAGCUACCUGUUUGGAUUGCUUCAUUUCUCCAUAUCGUGUGAAAUGUUUGACAUUGAGUGCCUCAUUAUUUGAAUCAAUUCUGUCCUUUAGGAAUUCAUUGGAAAAAUAUGAUUCAAUACACAUCCUGAAUGUUCAGAUUCAGGAUUUCCAAAAUAAUUUCCAAAUUCCCUAAUGAGAAAUGACUCCUGACUAGUGCAACAGAAAUGGAACCAUUGGAAAGUUUGUGGUGUUUCUGAUUUCAGUGAGAUUGAAUGUUUAUAGUAACUAUAGAAUACUAGAACAACUGGAUAUCGAAAUGUUGUGACGUUUGACUAAAGAAAUUUGUAAAAUGUGAACCACGCUCCAUUCCAGCAUCAAAGGUUUCUUGAAUUACCGUCAUCAUGUCAGAGAGAAAUUGAAUUUCUAAUUACCAUCAUUGGCGAAGGUCUAAUCCCCCCACCACAAAAGGCACGUUCCAUCAAUGGAGUGGAUAUACCCCACAACAUUGCUAUGCGCACCAAAGAAGCGAGAAUCUGCUUACUCAACUAACAGCUUUUCAUCUUGCUGUAGAUGCUGGAAGAAUCUUCCGAGUCGCAGUAUGUGGGAUGAAAAUAUGAAAGUGGAAGACGAUUAAAUCUCAAAAUAUUUGCUAAGAAAUUGCAAACUCAUAAUAAUGUUUCUAAAUUAUAAAAACUGAAGACUUUAGGAAUCCUCUACGAUAUUUUUGCAUAUUCAGCCCUUUUCCUUUUCAAUUUUAAAUGAAAGAGAAUAACCUACAAAUGUGGUAGAAUGAGCUUCGAAUUUGUUAUAUUUGUGACACGGAAAAGCAGAGCGAAUCAAUCUACAAUUUUCACUAAACUGAGCUCAGAGUAACUUUUAUUUAAACGUUGAAAGUGAACCAUUUUAUAUGUGCAGGCAUUUAAAAUAGGGAAAGUGCAGUUAAAACUUGUUUAUUUACACUGAUUUAUUAAAAGAAAUUUAUAUAUAUAUAUAAAUUUGAGCCUUCUUCAUAAAAUGUGAUAAAAGGAUUAUAAAUUUUAAUUAUCAUUGACCAUCUAGUAGUGUCUCUUAAAAAAAUAUGCCUUUCUUUACCUAAGUUUUUUUUAUAUGUGAGAUCUGAUCAUUUAAGAAUUUUGGAUCAUCUGAACAAUGAGCUUACCUCUCUGAAAUUCAUUCAUAUUUUACAGAUUUACAAUGGAAAGUUAUAUCUAUCUGUAAACACAAAUCAAUUAUUAACUAAAUCGGGGCACCUACAACUGAAUAAUAAUAGCUCAGCAUUACUCUAUGGAUUAUUUUAUAUUUGAAUCAUCUAUUACUUACUAAUUUUCAACGAACCUUCGAUUUAGAGAGAAGAAAAACAUCUGAGCAAGCUCUAUAAGAAAAGAAUAGAGCUUCAAAAGGAAUCCUCGACAUUACAUUCAGAUAUUCUUUGCUGUUUCCAUUCUUAUGAUAAUGUGACUUAAUUCACCAGAAAUUAAUAACACAACUUUGCUGUGAAUCUCUUUCUUUCUAAGAACUAACAAAAAUAAUGAAUGAGUUAUUUUUAACAGAUAUCAUAGCAUCAUCUCUUUUCAAAGACAAAUAUGUAUAGUUUUUUCCUUAGGACCGAAAAAUGCAUUCACAUACAAUAUGGAAUUGUAGAAAAAUGUAUAUUUUGAAUGCCUUUUGAAAUCAGCUUAAUUGUGAUUCAAAAGGGAAGAAAAAUAACAGAAUGAAAAAGAAAACAGCAGACACGAUGAAAAAUACUCAGUUAUUGUCCUGAAUGAAAAUGAAUUUUGUUCAAAAGAGAGACUUUAUGUUAUGAAACAUUAUUGAAAAAUGUUUUUUGUUCGUUUUCCAGAAUAGCUUAUGGUAAUUUUUGUAGAUGUGUUUGAAUGAACUGAACAGUACAGUAGUGAUAAUCUAGUCAUAUUGUCUUUUUAUAAAGACUUAUUAAGAAAAAUAUAAUCAUACCUGUGCAAUUUGUUAUUUGUAUAAUUGAAGACAAUCAUUUGUGAAAUAAGUGUGUUAGUAGUUGAUAUCUCUCUGAAUUUUACUAAAAUGAUUCAUUUCCAAUUCUAUGAAAGAUACAAAAAUCAGCAUUGUUUGAUAAAAUUGGAUGACCAUUAUUUAAAGUGUAAUUAUUCCAGGCAUUUUCAUUGUUAUUUACUAAAAUUAUUACCAUUUCAAAUGGUUUUUACAAAAUGGUUCCCAUUUCAAACUUUACUGUAAUUAAUUAUCCAUAUGGUAAACAAACAUCAUAAUGGUUCAAAUGUUUAGACUGGUUUAAGAUAGUUCUUAAAGUAAAAUUUCUAGAUAAAAACAAUAUUAAUAUAGAAAUUAUUACUUACUUACAAAUAAUUAAAUAAAUUAAAAUGAACUUUAAUUACCAUUAUAAGAACAAUAUCGACUACUAGCACACUUCCCUAUAAAAUACUUUUAAACUUCGAUCAUUGCUUCUUUUCAAUAAAACUUGUUUAUAGAACUCAUUUUUCUAAAUCAUAUUACAUUUAAAUAAAAGAAUAUUGUCAUUCCUAUAUGCACUGAAAAUGUAUUUUAAAUGCUU